UCUAACACUAAGGCAGUACUCGAAACGCGUGUGCAGGUAUAGAAAAAAUUAGUUCCAAAGCCCGUUUCAAACUACAGGGCAGCUUGCGUCGGUUGGCCUGCCUUGCCAAUACAGUUUUCCGGUUUAUGCCGUGGCGCCGAUAAUGCACAAAUAAGAUGUCUAAGAAGAGGAGGCGAGAGUCUCUCGGCCGAAGGUCAAUCGGAUGGCAUUUAGGGCAAACCUUGAUGGUCUACUCAUUAGAGCACGCGGCCUGGUACAAAGGGUUAAUAAAGGGUAUCGAUGGCGACACAUUGCGUAUAACUUACCCUGGGUGGGGUAGUGAUGCCGAUGAGGACGUGCACAAGCUGUCGGACCGCCUUGACAACUACUCGGGGGGCUCGAAGAAAAAAUGGAGGCACUUUGGCCGCGACGGCUACGCUUACAAACGCGUCAAGCCGACCUGGACCCCAACAGGCGCCCUGGAGGAGGGCCUCUCGCAGCAGCAGUACAGCCAGCCGAUAGAGCCUUGCAGCGGCAGUGAGGAUGAAGGCGUCGAUGUAGGUGGCGUUGGCAAUGGAGCCGACAGCGACGGCGGUGGAGGCGGCCAGGAGUGUGGCGGUAGCGGUGGCAGCGACGAUGAGCACGUUACCCCGACACCCCGAAAGAGGCGCCGUGCCCGGAUAGCAGAGGAGAGCGGAGACGACGCUUCACGGCGCUUACAUGGCGGACAGGAAGCUCAUGCCGGAGCACCGGGUGUCAGAAGUGCCCCGCCUGCAGCCUUGCCAGGGGCUGCUGGCGGCGCCGCAGGUUCGGAUGCGGCGCCACUCCAGCAGGCGGAGCCGCCGGGGUCGCUCCCGGACGCGGACUUUGGGUUCGCGAGCGCAGCAGCUGACGGCACCGAGAGAGGCGCCGAUAAGGCUGUCCCGGCUGAGGAGGUCCGCAACAGUCCUCUGGCGUCUGCGGACGGGUUCCCUACCUUGGCAGACGCGGCGGCAUGUCCGGCGACAACAACAGCAGGAGCAGCCACAGCGGCGGCGGCUGAAGCGAUGGAGUUGGCGGGAGGGGUAACAGCAGGUCCGGAAGACCAGGAUGCCCUUGAAGAAGUGGACUUUGGGUUUGUGAGCGAGGGCGGCUCUGAAGGCAGUGACACCGCUGGCGGCAGCGGCAGCCAUGCAGAAGUGGCGGGACGCAAGGCUGCUGACGAGGCAACGUCUGCCGCAGCUGAUGCUGCUUGCUCAGCAGCUGAAGAGGCUGGUGGGGAGGCUGUGAAAGCCGUUGCAUGUAACCCUGCUGCGCCUCAUACGGCGUCGGAGGCUCCCCCCUUGUUGGUCACCGCCCGACAGCAUGAACCGGCCCUGACUUCUGACCAGCAGCCUGAGCCUCAGCCUGAGCCACUUGCCACAAGCAGCGGACACAGCUCCGGCAGCGCACAUGCCGCAGGCGCUGUUGCAGGUGUGGUGGACGCAGGCGCUGCGCUGCCGGGGGCGGCUGGAAUGAACCCUGCUGUGCCUGGGUUUGGAGCGGACCAGCCAGCGGCUGGGCUGGCGUGUCCGAACAGCAAAACGGGUACAGCGCUGCCGCCAGAAGCUGCAGGUAGCCUGGAUGCUGCUGCAGCGGGAACUCCGGACCCGCUUGCAGAUGAGCCAGCGGCUGAAUAUCAUGAGGCUGCUGCUGCCGCGCCCAAUCAUCGCGAGGAGACUGCGGGGGCUUCAGCCGCGGAGGCUGUUGCAGCCCAAUCCCUGCAGGGCACGUACGACAUGCUUGUGACGGAGGUGGAGCAGCUGAGGCGGGUGACGGAGUCGCAGCAGUGUCGUAUCCAGCAGCUGGAGCAGGAGCUGCUGGCCGCACGCGCCGAGCAGGCACGGUUGGAAGAGGAGCUGCGGGCCCGGCAUGGCGAGGCGGAGGCGCUGCAGGGCAGUCUGCGGGCUGCUUGCGACAAGGUGGAGCAGCAGGCGGAGGCGCUGCUGGCGUACGAACAAGCGGACUUCAUAGCCGCGCUGCCGCACCCCGACUCGGCUGCUGGGGGGAGCGGCGGCGGCAGCAGCGCCGUGCUGCAGCUGUCCCGCCCGCUGGCCGUGGAGCUACCCGAGGGCACACUGCUGCGGCUGCCCGCUGAGGAGCUGGUGGGGGCUCCGGAGCUGCUGCGGGCGGGAACCCUGCUGGUGCCCGGCGACCCGCACGCGCAGUCGCAGGGCUCGGACGGAACUGACACCUCGAUGUAGUUGUUGUAGGAGCAGGAGCCCUUUGGUGGGGUGGGGUUCGAGGCUGUACUUGUAGCAGUAUAGGCAAUGGUGAAGAUAUGUUUAAGUAGCGGGUGGGUUUUGGUUGCUUGAUGUGCUGGUUGGUAGGAGACAGGGUGUUGCCUUCAUGCAGCUGUGUAGCUGCUGUGCCAGGUUGUGUAUGCAGCUGUGAGAGGCUGCUGCAAAGUCGUGCAGCCAGAAAUGGCUUCCAAGGACGUACGGUUGGUAGGUUGGACUGUUGUGUUGUUGGCGACGGAGUGUUGUUGGUUAGGUAUGGGUGUUGGCGGGUAUGGGUGUUGAUACGGUAUGAAAGCAUAACGCAGUUUUUUGAGCUUGAACGCAACUCUUCGUGGUUGUCUAGGACGGCUAUCUCAUGGCAUUGCAUGUGAGAUGUAGCGGCAAGAGCCGGCAUUCCCAGCACGGUUCCUAGCUUGACAAGAACACUCGAACAAUGGCUUUUCCCAUGUCCGUCCUGCGUUGCUGGGUUUCAGCAACCAACUGCUUCGUCCCCAUAUGGUGUUGUGUAUAGCCUACGCCAGGAUUUACAUAUAAUGCAAC